GAUGAAAAUUUCUUGGGCCGCUGAAUCGUCUGCUAGAUCAUUUCCGCUCAUUUGCUCGCUCGCCGUGGGAAGGGCAGGGGGCCCAGCGCACGCACUGUCAACAAACCAUCCGAAAUUUAAGUCUACAUUUGCGAGCCCGGCCGAUGAGGACAACAUUUUCCACCUCAUAAAUUUCGUGCUUCUAGGAUUGUGAUUGUCCGUGUCGCUGUCACUAUGUCGACGUCCAAGCAGACCCCGGCCGGGCCGUCGACAUCGUCGGCAUCUUAUGGACAGCUGGCGUGGACGAGGGCGACGUCCAAGUCAAGGCAGGCGGUCCGGGACGUGGCGACCAAAACCACGGCGCCGGCGCCCUCUGCCGCUGUCAAAACCACCAAAACUCCGUCCGCUGCCGCCCCCUUGUCCAAGAUCCCCCCGGCGCCCCGGCCCUCGAGGCAGAAGGUCCUGCCCCGGAUCGCUCUUGUUGGCACCCACAUCCCUAGUGUGGCAGCGGCCGGCAAACUUUCGUCCGUCAGACCAAGAGCCCCUGCACCUGGCCGGGCGGCGCCCGCGCCAGCACCCACCCCCGCACCAAGGCCCACCACCACCACCACCGCCACCGCGAGGUCCCUGCCAGCCACCCUCACCAAGCGCCCCGCCGCGGCCGCGGCCGGGCCCCGCGAGCAGCGAUCCGCGUCCUCGGCCAGGAGGCCCCCGGACACCCCGGUGCCCUCGGCUGUCUCCGUCAAAGGCUCAAGUAGCGGUCACGUUGGUCAGCACGUCAGCUUAGCGGCGGCUGCGGUGGCUGCCGGCACCAGGACCAGGAUCAGGGCGGACACAAUGACGCUCUCCAAGUCCGCGGCGCCCAGCCCGUUCGUCAGGAGCAACGCCCCUUCCAUCACCACCGCCUCCUCCUCCACCCGGCUGGCCGGAGGGGGUACUCCCGAGGCACACCAACGGCAGCCCCGCGAGGCCGUCACCGCGCCCAUGUCGACCUCUGGCGCCGCCUUACCGUCCAGCUCCGCCUCGGCCUCUAGCUCUGCCUUGGCCCCCAGCUCUGCCUCUAGCUCUGCCUUGGCCCCCAGCUCUGCCUCGGCCCCCAGCUCUGCCUCGGCCCCUAGCUUCGCCUCGGCCCCUAGCUUCGCCUCGGCCUCUAGCUCUGCCUCGGCCCCCAGCUCUGCCUCGGCCCCCAGCUCCGCCUCGACCUCUAGCUCUACCUCGGCCCCCAGCUCUACUUUGGCCCCCAGCUCCGCCUCGACCUCUAGCUCUACCUCGGCCCCCAGCUCUACUUUGGCCCCUAACGCCCCCUCGGCUCCCAGCUCAGCCUCGGCCUUCAGUGACGCGUUGGCACACGGUGCUGCAUUAGCCUGCGACGCCGCGUUGUCCUCGUCUCCAGCCGCUCCGCGCAAGGUGAUCGCAGUGAAGCCUACCAUCCGCAUGCCGGGCAUGAAGCCCUCGGAUGCGCGCUCGCGCCCCUCCGACGUCUGGGAGACGUCGGUCGUAACCGAGCUGGACUCCACGCGUCCCUCCGGAGCUUUGCAGAUAUCGGGCGUGGCUCAGCUGGACUCGACGGCGUCGUCCACGGCGUCGUCCACGCGCCCCUCCGGAGUGGUGGAUAUUUCGGGCGUAGCUGAGCUGGACUCCACAGCGUCGUCCUUGCUGUCGUCUCCUGGUCUGGACGCCACCAUGACGCUUCACGUGACGCCGCGGACCUCCCAGGACAAGGACUUCUUCGUGCAAAAUGGGUUCUGGCCACUGGAAGACUUUCCUCCGGUGUCGGACAAUAAGGUGGUCCGUCUGCAGCGAGAACUUUACUUGUUCAAGGCAAUGGAGAAUAGACUUCAGGCAUGCCUGGAGUACGAACAGAAGCGUACCAUAGCGGGAAAGCCAGUGUCCAGCCCGCCCGACUGGAUGAAAAGGCAUCUGGAAAAUGAUGAAAGUCAGUAACUACUUUGUAAUCUAUUCGAUUUUAAUAUUUUUAGUGUACCUGUUUUUUAAUUGUUCAUGUGUUUUUUCCAUAAAAC